UGGUUGUGUUAUAUGUGCAGGCUGUGGGAACCAAAGAGUGGAGAGAGUUUGGCAGGACAGAGGUAAUCGAUAACACUCGAAAUCCAGACUUUGUUAGGAAAUUUGUUCUGGACUUCUUCUUUGAAGAGAAACAAAAUUUGAGGUUUGACGUGUACAAUGUGGACUCUCGAAGCUGUAACAUAUCCAAACACAAGGACUUUCUGGGCCAGACUUUCUGUACGCUCGGAGAGAUAAUCGGCUCGACAGGAGGACGGCUGGAGAGGACCUUAUCCGGGAUUCCGGGGAAGAAGUGUGGAGUCAUAAUCUUGACUGCUGAGGAGCUCAGUAACUGCAGGGAUAUUGCUACGAUGCAGCUGUGUGCCAACAAGCUGGAUAAGAAGGACUUCUUUGGAAAGUCUGACCCCUUCCUGGUUUUCUACCGGAGCAACGAGGAUGGAACGUUCACCAUCUGCCACAAGACGGAGGUGAUCAAGAACACGCUGAACCCGGUGUGGCAGCCCUUCACCAUCCCUGUUAGAGCGCUCUGCAACGGUGACUAUGACAGGACUGUGAAAGUAGACGUCUAUGAUUGGGAUCGAGAUGGAAGCCACGACUUCAUUGGAGAGUUCACCACCAGCUACAGAGAGCUGUCUCGGGGGCAGAAUCAGUUUAACGUCUACGAGGUUUUAAAUCCCAAGAAGAAAGGCAAAAAGAAGAAAUACAUCAAUUCUGGAACUGUAACUCUGCUGUCCUUCAAAGUGGAGUCGGAGUAUACCUUUGUGGAUUUCAUCCGAGGAGGAACUCAACUGAAUUUCACAGUGGCUAUCGACUUCACGGCAUCAAAUGGUAACCCAUCCCAGCCCACCUCUCUCCACUACAUGAGCCCCUACCAGAUGAAUGCUUAUGCCAUGGCCCUGAAAGCAGUGGGAGAGAUAAUCCAGGACUACGACAGCGACAAGCUCUUUCCUGCCUACGGCUUCGGAGCUAAGCUGCCCCCCGACGGCAAAAUCUCCCACGCGUUUCCCCUGAAUGGCGAUGGUGAUCAUCCAAACUGUGUGGGAAUAGACGGAGUUCUGGAGGCUUAUUUCCAGAGUCUGAGGACGGUGCAGCUCUACGGACCGACCAACUUUGCACCUGUUAUCAACAAAGUAGCAAAGCAGCAUCACUCCCAUUGUCCAUUAUCAUUGUUGGUGUUGGACCUGCUGAGUUUGAUGCGAUGGAGGAGCUGGAUGGCGACGAGGUGCGGGUUUCCUCCAGAGGACGUCUAGCUGAGAGAGACAUUGUUCAGUUUGUGCCGUUCAGAGACUACAUAGACAGAUCUGGAAACCAGGUCCUCAGCAUGGCUCGACUGGCUAAAGACGUCCUCGCCGAAAUUCCAGACCAGCUGCUGUCGUUUAUGAAGGGCAGAGGGAUCGAACCACGACCAUCCAUGUCCUCCUCCCCUCUACCGGCGCUGCACCGGCACAUCUGACCCCUGAUAUGUCCUCUGUCUCUUCACCCUGUCUUUAUCUCUCUCUCUCUUUCUCCUAAACAAAUCUUUACUCAGCUCACUCCCACUUAUUUGACACUUUAAAAGAAAACAAAAAGACGGACCCGCUGCUUGUUGCUCUCUUAUCACCGGUGAGGUUAAACAGACACAAAUCAUCCCCCCAGCAGGCGCUCCUCUCUGACUCGCCUGCUGCUGCUGUAACUCAUCUUCUCCUCGUGCUGUUAUCGCUUUUUUGGAGACUGUACAAACGGACGGUGAGGAUGACCCAUGACCCCACCCCCUGCGAGCUGACAUUUAAACGUGUCAAGCUGACUUUUUUUUACGGUAUCUCUCUGCUAAUUCUCCCUCAACAAGGUUCAGCCAGACAUGUUUUAAAACAAAAAGUCUAUUCAAUUACCCUCAGCUAGUUUUGACAUUAUCACAAUUUGUCUACUUACAGACAUGGAUAAAUAUGUUGGUACCCAUACAGUUCAUUAAAACCAUGCUUCAUAUCCAGUGACAAGUGAUGCGGUUAAUGGUUUGUCUAAUCUGUAAGCUUUUAGUGUGAGAGAGUAAACAAAACAUUGUGAAAAGCUGUGCUCUGUUAAUACAGGCAGUGUUUAUCCCCCCUUAAGGAAACCAUAGUUCCUUGGAUCAUAAUCAUGGUUUUAAACUAAGUGUUUGACCUUAGUAUCACAGGUGCCUUCAAGCUUUUCAUCAGCUGUUUAGUCUAUUUAAAGAGAACCAAGGUGCCACUGGGUAGUUUGGUAGCAGUUAAAUUAUAGGUAAUGGUGUCUGAGGAGCUCAGAGAAGAUUACAGAUACUCAUGUUACAGGUUACGGCAACAAGAUCAUCUGCAAGCAGCUUUAUGUUUCUCUGACCACAGCAUCCUUUCUCUGGGACUGUAGCCAAUCUGUUAGAACCAGGAUGCAAGAGGAAAUGUAACCCCAGGUUGAUCAGCUAGAUUGUGUAGAUGGUAGAAGGAAAA